UUAAAAUUAAACCUAAAUUUUAGCGUAGCUUUAAAUUCACAACUCGCCGAAUGUGAGUGUUAUCAUCGUAUAGAAAUAGACUGAUUACUCCGACCUCACCACGACGAAAAAUGUGUUGUUUAAUGCGUAAUCGGUGAGAAUUUGCGCAACACAUUUCACAAUUUGCACGCAUAGGAGCCUACUACAUUACGACAGUACGUGCUAAAAAUAAUGACACAGAAAAAUUGUUGGAAAUCCAAAUAUUUUGCUUGUCCGUGCGGAUUAGAAAAAUUGUUUACACGAGCCGACGGGCAGCUUUACAUGCCAAUAAUGACGUGCUAAACAUGGGCGUUGGAUAAAUUUCGAAAAACGAAAUUCGUCAUCGGAGUAGGUCACUGAAACUUUAAACUUUCACAUUUCGACUUUGGAUCACCUGCGCCCAACCUGACCUAAACCAAUGUCGUGAAACGCGUCGCGCAAAUGCUCACUCAAGAUAAUCGCAAAAAAAAAUGUAAUAAUUUUAUUCUUCGUUUUUCGCGGUUGGGGUGGAAUCGAAGACGUGCGAUUGAAAUCGCCCGUUGUAAGUGUCGAGUCCAAAAUGGUGUGCCUUUCAGAACAAUUGUUAUUUUCGGAUAAUUCGACACCACCGUCUAUUGAUAUUAUUUUCGUUCAUUAUAUACUAUAUUAGGAGCUACCUACUCCGUGAGCCACACCUCCGAUCACGUGCAAAUCCAUAUAAUAUCGGUAGAACAAUACAACUUCACAAGGCCACAAGGAUUAUUACGUUAUUAAUAGUCUGAGAAAAAUUAUUGCACUGCGGCACAUCCUUUCGGCGUAUCAGAAGACUGAACAGCGUUGAUCGAGUGACGACAGUCCAUAUAAUUAUUGUUACCUAAUUUUAUUUAUCGCGUCCAAUAAUUAAAUUAAAAUUGAAACAAUACAUACCGAAAUUUUUUAUAGAUUUUUUUUACUCUCCAAAAUCUUUAAAGAACUAUAUUUUGUGCAUCUUAAUUAAAAAAAAUCAACAUCAUGUUUGGAAUAAAAGUGAAUACACAAUUGCUACCGCUGAAAAUGUGCUACUUCUUCAUAUUUGCAUGUUUAGGACCUACGGUUGGAUUUUUGCCUACGUUAGCGAGACAAUUGGGAUACUCGAUGACGACUUACGGCGCUACCAUGACGUUCAUGUCGGUGAUAGCGAUGGUACUCGUGCCUCUGUCUGGUGUCAUAGUCGACAGAUUUCGGAUAAAAAGAAGGUUAUUCUUAGUGUCCAUAUUCGGCAUGGGAGUGGUUUCGUUAUUGUUCUUGUUCGUGCCGAAAGCGCCUUUGGACGUGGCCAAAAUUGAAUUAAAUUGCGACGCACACACAACGACAAUGGCCAUUGUAAACGAGAACAAUAAUUUGCAAACGACCAGCAACGUCACUUAUUAUACCGUUGCCAACCACACCAGCGGCGACGAGUUGAUAACGUGCAAGUUAAAUUGUCAUUAUGCAGAGUUUUGCAGUGCAGGCUCUGUAGUAAACAAUCUACAAACCCAACCUGACUUGAGCUAUGUGUGGAUGAGAACAAUUAACGAAAGUCAAAAUAAAUUCAACCAGAUUGACUUGAGACUAAAACCGAAAGACUUAGAACAGACGGAACAGGUGAAAGCAAAUUCAUACGUCUUUCAAGUGUUAUCUGUCCAAAUAAAUGGCACGCAAAUACUUACACCGACCUGUCAAUGCCAUUUGAAAACAUUUUGUCAUAUCGCGAGCUGUUCAAACGAUAAAAUAAUGGAAAUGUCUACCGUCACAACGUACAGAGGAAACGUUCUUGACUUGUAUCAAUUUUGGAUUUUUUUCGGUCUCAUUUCGACGCAUUGGGCUUGUACUUUGAUUUCGAUCUCAUUAAUAAAUCCUAUUUGCCUCGACACUUUGGGAGAAAAAUCUGCAGAGGAUUACGGAAGACAAAAAUGUUGGGGCUCGGUCGGUUGGGGUGGUUUUUCUAUAUUCAUCGGGUGGCUUGUGGAUAUGUUUAGUUUCAAUAAUAAAAAGGAGAAAGACUAUUCGCCCGUAUUUUAUUCUGGUGCUUUAAUCGCGGCUUUGAAUUUAGGAGUAGCAAAAACAAUCAAAGUUGUCGAAACGAACAAUUCCGAAGGUCGAUGGAAAAACAUGCGUGGGCUGUUCACUAAAUAUUACAUGAUUUCAUUUUGCAUAUGGUCAAUAUUCAACACACUUUUCCAUACAAUCGUCACUCACUUUUUGUUCUGGUACAUGGAAGAUAUGGUGUCCGCUAACAACGACCAUGGCCAACGGGCGUGGCUGAAAACCCUCCAAGGUCUGGCCCAGGGCAUCCAGUGUUUCGGCGGCGAGAUACCAUUUUUCUUCUGGUCCGGUUGGAUAAUCCGAAAGAUCGGUUACGGAAAUUGCAUGGCCGUAGUCAUGGGAUCCAUGGCCAUCAGGAUGUUCCUCUACACAGUCAUCUGGAAUCCAACCUGGAUCAUUGCGAUAGAGUUGCUGAACGGCGUGUCGUACGCAUUGGGAUACUCGGUGAAAAUGUCAUACGCAAAAAAGGUGUCGCCUCCCGACACACUAAACACCAUAAUUGGGUUUAUGGGAUUUUUCGACUGCAUCGGCGAUUCUAUAGGCAGUCUACUUGGCGGAUAUUUAUUCGAUACAUAUGGUGGCGUGUGGUCGUUCCGAUUUUUCUCCUGCAUGGCUGUCUUCGCGUGCUUUCUAAGCAUAGUAACCAAUUGUUUUGGAUUGAUAAAGGAAUCUAUUAAUUUAAAAGAAAAUGCAGAAUCAACGAACACGGAUCUCAAAAUUACCAAUAAUAAUACUGAUAAAAAAAUGUGAUAUUCUAUUUUUAAAAAUUAGUGGACACAUUUUUUUUUUAAAAAUAUCAUAUUUGAUUUGUUAAAUAUUAUAAUUAUUUAAUGUUUAGACGAGCAGAGUCAUGACUGGUACACAACAAAAUGUUGAUACACAGCUCAUCUAUGUUUGAAUACUUAUGUAUUAUAAGUUAAAACUAUGUAUUUAUAAUUUAAUAAUUUACAACAGUUAUGAGUAUUUUUAAACGACGAAAUAUUCGGGAAAAUAUUUCUGAAAUAUUUCCACUGCAUAGGAAUAUUGAUUAUAUUAUGUUGUAAUUUAAAAGUGGAAAUGUCCCAAAUUAUCUUGAAAGCGAUGUCGAUAAAAAAUUGUAAAAAUUUAAUUGUUAAAAUGUAUAACUUAUGUUUAAGUAGGUACAUGUCGAGUUUCUGUAUCAACUAUUGAUACUAAUAUGUAGAUUUUACACGAGUUUUGGCACAGUAUUUCGGACACAUGUACCUAAGUACCUCCUAUAGGUACGUAUGAGAAAUACGAAUCAAAAAACGUUGAAUUGUACUUAAAUCAUACCUAUAGAUACGUUUUUCGUGAGUAUGUUUUCAAAUUAAAGUGAUACGAGAUAGAUUUUAAUACAUUCUUAGCGACCUGUGUUGGCAGGAUGGUACAAUAUUUUAUUGAAAUAUAUUGCAAUUUUUUAACAAAUUCAUUGAAUGAAAAUGUUCCCAAAACUGUGGGCCGCGAUCAUAUUUUUAAUUGUGUUUUAUAAUAUUAUGCAUACAUUAUACAAUUUUGGUAUUGAAACUGUA